AUAGAUUACUCAAUGUUCAGAUUAAUAAAAACACAUCUAAAAGUUCAACGUUUUUUUCUUUUUACUAAUAAACCAAAUAUAUAUGCAUAACAAUUUUAUUCAGUUCAAGCUGAAGCGUUGUGGCUUAUUUUCUGUUUAGACAACGUGGAGUAGCAGCAAGCUGAAUGAUGGAUACUUGUUUGGACCAGAAACCAGAACGAGUAGGACAUAUUGUUGUUGAGGAUUUGAAAAAGGACUUGUUUGCAGAUUUCUCUGCAAUUCCAACUACUCUCCCGCAGGCCCCUAUAUUGGAGAAAGAGCAUCUGCAGGUCUUCCUGAGGAUACGUCCCUUUUCUACAACUGAGGAUGAAAGUGGUGAAUCUCAGGAAUGUGUCUCAAUUGAGCCGCCAGAUACAGUUUUUCUCAGAGCUCCUAGAAGCUCUUUAUCAACCAGACGGCAAACCACUCACUCAGAUGGUGACAAACCAGUCACUCAGAUUGCCCAAAGAUUUCAGUUCACUCAGGUUUAUGGCCCUGAUACUACACAGAGGCAGAUAUUUGGAGGCACAGUGAAACGUCUCGUCAGAGAUGUUCUUGAAGGAGGAAAUUCUCUUGUCUUCACAUAUGGAGUCACCAAUGCUGGAAAGACCUUCACAUUCCUUGGCCGUGAGAGUGACGGUGGAAUUCUGCCCAGAUCUUUAAAUGUAAUUUUCAAAAGCAUCGAAGGCAGAGUCUACGCACACAACAACAUCAAACCUCAUCGAUGCAGGGACUUCACUAGACUGACAAAGGACCAGCAGGAUGAAGAGACUACUAAUAAACGAAAUCUCAUGAGACUGUCAAAAGAGGUGAGAUUUAAGUUAUUCCUGCCCCACCCCCGGCUGUUUCUCACAAAAAUGAGUGUUAAAAAUGAGUGUUCCUCAUUGAGUGACAUCAGUGAUCAGGGCGAAGAAGACAGUUUCUGUCUUGAUGUGGAGUCUCACAUUAAAUACUCUGUGUGGGUUUCCUUCUGUGAAAUCUACAAUGAGAAUAUCCAUGACCUACUGGAGCCUGUUCCUAAUGGCUCACAUAGGAGAGCCGUCCUUCGGCUGUCUCAAGACAUCAAAGGCAAUACAUUUGUCAAAGAUCUGAAGUGGGUUCAGGUCAGCAAUACAGAGGAGGCAUACAAAGUCAUGAAAAUUGGAAAGAAGAACCAGAGUUUCUCCUGCACAAAGCUCAACAAUGUCUCCAGCAGAAGUCAUAGCAUUUUCUCCAUCCGAAUCUUGCGGAUUGAAGAUUGUGGUGUACCCAGGGUCCAAACCAUUAGCGAGUUGUCGUUAUGUGAUCUCGCUGGAUCUGAACGAGUGCAAAGACUCAGAAUAAAGAGUGCUGCUAAAGAGGCUGGCAACAUCAAUACCUCAUUGCUCAUUCUGGGCAAAUGCAUCAACGCUCUGAGGCUCAACCAACAAGCCAAGUUUCAACAGCAUGUGCCCUUUAGAGAGAGCAAGCUUACCCACUACCUUCAGGGCUUUUUCUGUGGUCGAGGUAAAGCCUGCAUGAUUGUCAACAUCAACCAGUGUGCCUCAAUGUACGACGAGACACUCAACGUCCUCAAGUUCUCCGCUGUUGCCCAGAAGGUGGUGGUCCUCAACAUCAAACCAGUCCCUGCCAUUGCACCAAAGAGAUCUGCCCGAGAGGUGUCCCUGAUCAUCAACAACGCUGACCGCAAGAACCUUUGGAGUAGGAGGAAAAGCUCCAUGGUGGCAUGGGAAACCACUCUGGAGGAUGUUCAGGAGGAUGAGAUGGACGAUGAGGAGGAUUAUGAAGAUGAGGAAAGUGGUGAAGAGAGCAUGGCAGAGGAGACCAUUUUGGAGUUAGGAGAAGAGGACAAGACGGCGCUCGAGGAGGAGUUCAAUAAUGACCAGUUUGCACUGGUGGAGGAACUCCGGGAGAAGCUUCUGAAGGAGGAAGCUGAAAAAUUGGCUUUGGAGUCGUGCAUUCGUGAAGAGGUCACCGCUGAAUUCAUGGAGCUAUUCUCCAAAAUGGAAAGUGAUUACAAUGAGCGCCUAUCCAAAGAAAGAGAGAUCAUUGAGGACCGAGCAGAAAAAAGGUUGGAGAUCCUGAAGAAUUUAGUCAGCAAGAGUGUCAGUGAGUGUGCAGGUGUCAGCGGCGACGAGGACAUUACAACGAAGGAUAAGGCAGUGCUUUUAGAGGAGAUCAUUGCCGCUAUGCGAGAUGACCUGGCUGGCAUCAGGAGGGACGCGGAGACAGCUCAGACAUCCCUUGUCAACCUUCCUGUAUCUCCUAGCAUUGUGGCUGGCCUGAGGAAGCAAGUAGAUGACCUAUCAGAGGAGCUCUUGAUGACUCAGCAGCAACUCAACCUCAAAACCGCUGAAAUGGAUGCAAUGAGGAUGGAAAUGAAACAACUGAGCCGACAACUAGAUGAAGCGAAGGGAACGCAGAAGUUUGAGGCUUUAAUGGAAAUCUGUCAUGAGAAAGAUGAUGUGAUAUCCAAGCUGCAGGAAGCAUUGGACCAGAAUAGUGAGGCUGCAACUAGGGAUAGGGCUUUGGUUGACUCCAUCAAGGAAGAGAUUCUGGAGUUGAAGCAGAAUUGUAAGUGUGUGGUCCAGGACAGUCCCAGUUCUGAAGGGGGCAGAAAACGUAGUGCUGCAGUCCUGGAAGACUGUGAUGAUCCACCUGCCUUGAGAAAGACAAGUUGGAAAAAACUUCGGGUGGAAUGUCAAAAGAAAGACAUAAUCAUUUUGCAGUUCAAAGAAGAACAUGAGGCAAUGGUUCAGAAGAUGGAGAUGGUCAACAAUGAGAUAAAAAGAAAGUCUGAAGAUGCUGAAGAGAUGAAACGUGAGCGGGUUUCAUUUGAACAGACCAUACAGAAUCUCACCACUGAUCUGGAGGUGCAAACCGAUGACUGUGAAGCUGCAAUGGCCUCACUAGAGAGAGAGCAGAAAGAGACAGCCAGGCUCUCCAAAGACAACAAAGCACUGGUAAAUGGAAUCUUUCAGCUCCAGCAGACAUCACAGAAAGUAGAGACUUCUUUGAAAACUCUCCAAACAGAAAUUGCCGAAAAGACUGUGAGGUCUGCCGAGCUGUUAGAGGAGCUAGAUGCAGCCAGAGCACUUCUGAAGGAUCUUGAAGACAAAUCCAAUGAAAAAUCCCAAACCAUUGAAUCCUUGACUUUGGAAACAGAACGACUCAGGAAGGAAGUGGAGGAACUAAAUGUCUCUUCUGAACCAAGCAGCAGCUCCAAGUUCCUUGACAUCAUAGAUGCCAUGAAGAAAGAAUGUGAGAGUGUGGUGGAGAAGUCUCUGCAGAAGAGCCAGCUAAUAGCUGACCUAGAGCUGGAGCUCAGCCAAGUUAGAGAGCAGCUGUCUGGACAGGAGGAAAUCUGUAGCCAGCUGAGGAAUGAGCUAGAGGCCCAGUUUAACCUACGGGGCAGUGAAAUUGAAAAGGGGUACUCUGACUUAAAACAAUCUGCAACCCACUUGAAGGAGCAAAUUGUGGACUUGGAGGCACAGCUGCUGGUCUCGGAAAGCAGCUCUGAGAGAGUUGUGGAGUUGCAGAAGCAGCUUGCUGAGAGGAACACCUAUUGCAGUGCUCUGCAAAGUAAACUGGAGGCGGCUCAACAGAAUCUGGCCCAGGUGGAGGAGACUCACAAAAAUAUGUCCAAGACAAAGUUGAUUGAAGACAUGUGUCUUGUACCGACAGAGCAGGCGAAAACACAGGCCAAACAGGAACAGAUUUUGGCGGUCAAGGGGAAAGAAAUGGAUGCUUUAAGUGAAGGUAUUUCAGAUCUGACGAGUCUGAAAGAGAGCAUCUUACAAAACAAUCCAAACUCUAUGAAGAGCUCUCCAGUCACCAUUGAUUGUGCUGGGGAGUGCAGGCCAGUGGAGGAGGGUCGACUGCAGAAUGAACAGCGCUUAAAGAAGACCUUGUCAAAGCUGCCUUCAGAGAAAGAUGUUGGCAGGGAGGAGAGUGUCUCUCUUGUCGAUGAGCUCAAGUUAGAGAUGCAGAAACUCCAGGAGAGGAAUACCGAGAAAAAACAAAAUCCCAGAAAGCUCAAGGAGCACUCCAACAUCCAUACACCAGAGGUACUAGACUCUUCAGAUGUGUCCACGGACGGCAGGCGAGAACGUCGCUUUCCCAAACCUGAGCUGGAAAUUCAGUUCACCCCUCUGCAUCCCAACAAGAUAAAUGUCCGGAGGCCAGGUGAAAAUGAACCUGUGACGGUCAGAAUGACCCGCACUGCCAAGAAGAGGAAAAGCAAUGAGAUGGAGAAGGACCCUGUGGGAAGUGAGAACAAAAAGAAUAUCAAGUUAAGGGGGAACACUCGAGUGAACAUACAGUCACCGGCAGACCAGAAGAAGCAAGGGACACCACGUCUGAAGGGCAAGAAGGAUGGAACCCUCCAGAAGAUAGAAGAUUUUAUCCAGAGUUCCCCAACUCUGCUCGGGAGCAAAGCUAAGACAAUUAUGGGGAUUAUAAGUGGAAAAUCUACUGAUGGAGAGAGAGCCACAGUAGUGAAACCGAAAAAGACCAAGAGGAAACUGUACAAGACGGACAUCUCCUCUCCAAUGGACAUUCGGUCUCCUCCGGUCUUUGUUCUUGACCAAGAUGAGAAAGAAAGUGACCAUCUCAUCAUAAAGAGGCAGCUAAGGUCAAGAACCGCAAGAAAAUGACUCAUCUCAGUAUUGCCCCUGAGUUAACGUUGGGAUUUUCUGUUUUAGCCAUUUUGUGAAUACUUGUCCCUUUAAGUACAGUAUCCAUGUAAAUAUUGUAAUUUUUGUUUCUCCAAAUAUUUUGUUACACUUUGAAAAUUUAGCGUGUUUAUCAAUACACAUUACAGGAAUCAUGGCACGUUCAGCUUUGUAAAUAUACAUUUUCUUUUGGGAGAGUUGUAUACAGUGCCCACAUUGGAGUGUAGUGUACAUCUCGUUUCCUGCGGCUCCACUGGAGGCUAGUAUAUAAUGUCAUGGUCAUUUAUUCUGUGGCUGCCAUCAGGAGUAAGUCAUACUUUUCAUCUGUCACUGGGACCCCCCUUUCCCUGGUGGGCCUCUGACAGGUUCCGCUCACACUCAGGUUUAGUCUCGGGUGGGAAAUUUAAUGGGACAAUCGCUUGCGUUUGUUUCCAUUGUCAUUGAAAAUAGGUCGCUAUUAAAAUGGCUUUUGUUCUCUGGA